AACAGUCUGAAGGUGUAUUCGGUGACGAGAGUUCAUAUAGUUUACGACGAGAGUAUACGAAACGCGCUCCUACUGCCAUUUAGAAAUCAGAAAAUAAAGUUCUUUUGGCUGAAAAUUUCUGUUGAAUCGAAAUAAUUCAUUGAAAUUGACAAACAUUUACUGUUUUUAUUUUGUGGAUUAGUGUUCAAAUACGAGGAAUUUGUGAGUAAAGUGUUGGCUUAGCCUAUACUGAAUUUAUUCGGUGUGCUGCCGAAAUUUUUGUUUUGAUGUAAAUUUUUUUUUUGGAGAGAAUAAAAUUUAUUUGUUGAAAAAUACACAUCAAGUGCACAGUCCAAAUGUGAGUGGAAAUUGAUAUUGUGACAACAAAUCAAAAACAGUUUUUGUUCAUCAAACUAAAGGACACCACUUUUUCGGUGUACCCGACAAAAAAAAAAUAAAAUAAAAAAAAAGAACAACCCCAUCAUCGUCGCGCCACAUUACACAAUCAUGGCCGAGGUUUUUAAUUUAGAAUUACACGACGGAGACAACCUUAUCGAAUCGGACGAUGAUAUUAUUGAAGUUGAUGAGGUUGAUUUGGAGCCCGAGCUGCAUAUAAAUGAAAUUGAUGUCGAAGGUUCCGAAAGUAUAACUUUAUCACAGGAAAUUGUGAAUCCAGGCACCGCCAAAUUAGGACCUGAAGAUUUUGAAUUGAAAAAAGUGCUUGGAAAAGGCGGAUAUGGCAAAGUAUUUCAGGUUCGAAAAACUCACGGAAGAGACAUGAACACCUUCUUUGCUAUGAAAGUAUUGAAGAAGGUUUCCAUACUUCGUACACAGAAAGACACAGCUCACACAAGAGCCGAAAGAAACAUACUGGAAGCAGUUAAGCAUCCCUUCAUCGUCGAAUUGGUUUAUGCUUUUCAAACAGACGGAAAACUUUACUUAAUCUUAGAAUAUCUUAGCGGCGGAGAAUUGUUUAUGCAUUUAGAGAGAGAAGGAAUAUUCUUAGAAGAUACAACUUGUUUUUAUUUAAGCGAAAUAAUCCUAGCACUAGAACAUUUACACUCAUUGGGCAUUAUUUACCGUGAUUUAAAGCCGGAAAACAUUUUACUGGAUGCACAAGGUCAUGUAAAGUUAACUGAUUUUGGAUUAUGCAAAGAACACAUCCAGGAAGGCAUUGUGACGCACACAUUUUGCGGAACAAUAGAGUACAUGGCACCUGAAAUAUUAACACGAAGUGGUCAUGGCAAGGCAGUUGAUUGGUGGUCAUUGGGUGCGUUGAUGUAUGAUAUGUUGACUGGAUUGCCUCCAUUUACCGCCGAAAAUCGAAAGAAAACCAUCGAAACCAUAUUGAAGGGAAAAAUAAACUUGCCCGCAUACUUAACCCCCGAUGCCAGAGACUUAAUUCGAAAAUUGAUGAAACGACAGGUUUCUCAACGUUUGGGUUCCGGUUCAAACGAUGCUGUGCCAAUAAAAAGUCACCAAUUCUUCAAACUCGUUAAUUGGGAAGAUGUAUUGGCCAGACGAUUGGAACCACCAAUUAAACCAUUGUUGCGGAGUGAAGACGACGUAUCACAAUUUGACACAAAAUUCACACGACAGAUUCCAGUCGACUCACCCGUCUUUUCUACUCUCAGUGAAAGUGUGAACUCAAUAUUUCAAGGUUUCACCUAUGUCGCUCCAUCAGUGUUGGAGGAGAUGCAAAAGCCACGCAUAGUACAAGCCCGUUCACCUAGACGUUCACGUCGUAUUAAUUCACGAAACACUCCACCCCAUUUGCAACAAUUUGCACCGCGACCAUCGCCGCAAGACACAGAAAUUAUGGAUGUUACGGGUGUGCCAAUCGUCUACGAUAAGUCAACAAUGGAUACUUUAGAAAACUUGGACAAUUACUUCUUAUAAUGGAACAACUUCAAGAUAUAACUAAAUUACAACUAAAUCAUGCAUAAACACCAUUUAAUUUAACAUUUAAGAUGAAAGAUUCGUACAUUAUAAUUAAGGUUUAUAAGAAAAAGAAGAGAAAAAACAAAACAAAAAAAAUUAUGAGAAAAAAGCAACGAUUUCGAUUGGAAAAACAAUUUUCUAAUGGAUUCUUUUAGUUAAAUUUGAUUAGUUUUUCUGUGAAAAUUGAUUUCUUUACAAAUCGCCUCCCAUUGCUUAGAGAAAUUAUACAUAAUUCUGAUCACAAUCAAUUCAUACUCGAAAAUGCAAUGGAUCAGGCGAUGUGCUAAUUGAUUUGUUUUGUUGUUUAAAUUAUUUGUUCAACCGAAUGGUUAAGUUAUUGAUGGUUAUAUUUGUAAAGAUGAUUUCAACGUAUGAUAAGCGCGCUAACAAUAAUUGUCCAUCAAACUAGGCAUUCAUCCUUUUUCCGAGAUCAUUCUAUUUUGCUUAACAUUUUCUUUUUUAAAUUAAUUUUUAGUUUAAGUUUUUUUUUCCAAACCACUAUGAAGGAAGGUAUUUCUAGUUUAGAUUCGCAAACACAACAAACAAAUGUAUUUUAAGUUUGUGACUCGUACAAAAGAUUCUAUUAAAGAUUUAGCACUCAAAUACGCCUCUUAACGAGAGUUAGUUCUUUUUUAUUUAUCCGCGAGAAAUUGAUAGAGAGCAAAAAAAAGGAAAAAAAAGAAGCUGGAGAGUCUAGGUAAAUUCAUUUGUUUUUCUUCGUAAAUUAAUUAGGCGCUAGGGUACUUCCGUAAACUUGACUUUUGUAUGAGCCCUUCAAUAAAUUUGUUAGUUCAAUUCAAUUCUCUCUCUCUUUUUAUGUUUUAUUUAAAAUCAAUCGAACGUUAUUCUGAUUAAGGUUUCAUCGGUAGAUAAUAAUUAAAAUUAAAUAUUUCAUCGAAUCAUGACAUCAACACCCAUCAACCGAUUUCCCACUCACAUUAUUAAUCUGGUUUUUCUUUUAGAAUUUAUGAGAAACAUCGAAAAGGAAAUGUUCGUAAUUUGUAAUUAAAACAUUUAGUGACAUAGUGACAUUUAGCACAUGCAUUAAUAAUUAAACAAAAAAAUCGGUAUAGAACGAGGUAUGUUAUAUUUUGUAGAUGUAGAGAACCCUAUCCAGGAGAUAAACUAAAAAAUUUAAACAAUUUUGCGUUGUAAGGUUAUAAUUUUCUAUAAGUGCAAAUACGAUGAGAGCAAGCGGUAAAUUAAUUUAAUUUUUAAGGAAAGGAAUGUGUCAUACCAACUCAAAUAAGAAAACAAAAAAAUUUAGUAAAAACAUAAGGAACAUAAAAAGAAAAGAAAUAAAAUCAAACAAAAAAAAAGUUAAAUUUAAGAAUUCAAGAAAAAUUAAAAACUAAAAAAAACUUCAAUCUUCAACAACUAUAAUUAUAAACUAUUAACAACUUAGUAUAACAUCAAUUUAAUUUAACUUAGUCGGUCAUUUAGUGUGUCUACAAUUCUUUUCUUUUUUUUAUAAUCGAAUAGAACAUUCGGGAUGCAUCGUAUUCGAUUAUAAUUAUUCAUCUUGCAAUCAUCAACAAAUUUUAUUAUUAUUUUUCUUUCAUGGAAGCUCGUAUUCCGACAUGAACAUAUUGAUGCUUCUGAAUUCUAUGCUACUGUGUAAAAAUUCAUUAAAAUUACAUUGAAAAAUAAAAUUUAAAAGGAAAAACUCGAAGAUCGUCACCAAUUGAGAAGUCUAGCAAAAUUUCAAAAAAAUACCACCCUAACGAGACCAUCCAAGAAUGUUUGGGUCAGUUUUUUGAAUGAGAAUCAUUCUCAGCCUAUUAGAAACGGCAAACGUGGCACACGGUAUGGUAUGCAUAUAAAUUAUAAAUCUGCUACUUCUUUAGUUGUAAGUAUUUCUUAGUGUUUGAUACAAUAUAUAUCUUUUACUUUGUUAGUUUUUUUUAACUAAAAUUUUGCUACGUAAGGAAACACAUAUUAUGCCGUAGCUGUCGUUGAUGCCGCUUCUGAAAGGUUAUUCCGUCGUCGGAGUAACACGUCCACUCAAGAUGCUCCGACACGAAAAAGAUUUUUUAUAUGUAACCACAAAUGUAUUAAAAAGUGAAAUACCCAGCGGAUGAGAUUCAUCAAAAUUGAAUAUAUAUAUUUCAGUACGGUGGUUUAAUAUAAACAGAAUAAGAAAACAUUAAAACCAGAAGGGAUAAGAAAGCAAGGAAAAGUUUCAGUUAAGUUUCUAAACUACAAAUUUAUUGUUGACCGUCGAUGAAAAACCGCGAUCGAACUGUGCCCCCCUCCCAUCCCCCUUUUUCUAACCGUAAAUGUGAUAGAUUACAAACAUUAAUAAAUUCAAAUCGAAAGAUUUGAAGAUAUAAUUAUUGAAAGAUUUUAGUCAUUUUACACUCAAGGCAGAAUCAAGAAUGAAAACAAUUUUCAGUAGAAAUUUUGUCAUUUGUUUUUUGUUUUUUAAAUAAGCAAACAGAUUUAUUAUGUUCGUUUUUUUUGUAGCAAAUUUAUUGUAAUAUGUAGAUAUUAGAUGGUUGUGGUAUAAUGAAAAAUGAUAAUUUUGUUGUUGUUUUUCUUUCAAUUUUAAUUGCAUAAUUAGUUUAAUUAGUGAAUGUGUGCUUUUUAGUGCGUAAUUUAAAAAGAAAAGGAAAAUAGAAUUUGCAAAUUUGAGCCAUCCUUAAUAUGAUUUACAUAUAAUUGAUCUGAGUCCAUCGAACCUAAUCAUCUAAUCAAUGUGAAGCUUAUUUGACUUUUUCCUCUUUUUUUCAAUUGAUAAUUUUUGAUUUUACAAAGAUUUUUUCACAUCUGUCGGUAUUUAUACACGGUCUGGUCAAAAUGAAAUGAUUUAUCUGCAUCAUUUACAAUUGAUCGUUUCUGUUCUACGAUUUCGAAUUUUGUGUGUAAAUAAAGACUUGUCAAACCUAAGGCUUGGAACAGGUCAGGUAGACCAUUAACCUGAUGCGAAAUACCGGAAAUCUGAUUUCACUUGAAACCUGAGAUGACUCGGCCUGGCAGGUUUCCAGGUCUUUUUUGGAUCAAUUUUCCACUGAAUUUUCCGAUUUCAAUUUUUUUAGUUCAGGUCAGAUCAGUUCUGGUGCAUUCAGAACUUUUCUGGUACAUUCAGAUCAGUUCUGGUGCAUUCAGAUCAGUUCUGGUGCGUUCAGAUCAGUUCUGGUGCAUUCAGAUCAGUUCAGUUACAUUCGGAUCAGUUCUAGUGCAUUCAGAUCAGUUCUGGCGACAGAUCUGGUCAGAUCAUAUAAGUUAUUGAACUGUUAAAAUUCAGGUCAUCUUACGUGACCUGGUUUCAGAUUCCAGAUGAAGGAAAACCUGACCUAUUCCGAGUUCGACAAUCUUGAUUGGAACCGAUAUUUACCGACAGUCGUUGGAAUUUUAUUUUAAACUAAUUCAAUUCGUAGCCAUUAUUGUUAGCUUGAAUUUUAUUUAUAAAGCUAUCGGGAGUGAGUAGCGAAAAUUAUAAUCUUUUGUAGUUUCAAGAAUUAUAAAUAAAAAUAAAAAAACCAGAAAAAAAAAAUUAUACACAAAAAAGUACCAUAGUUAAUUAAUUAUAUUGAUCGUCCCUUUGUAAGACAAAUGGAUAGACAAACAGAACUGAUAAAAUAAUUUUUUUUUAGAAAAACGAAAAAGAAAACAAAAUGAAUACAAAUACUAGACUUUUGUGUUACCAGUUUUUUAAAAUUUACAUUUCAAUCGAGUGUAUGUGAAGUCACAAUUCAGUUAUAACCAAAAUGCUUGUGUAUGGCGAAUGGCAGAAUGUUAACACUGCCUCACACUAUUAAAGGUCCAUUGAAUGUGGCUUCAAAUUGCAGACUUUAUUUUGUUCAAAAGACUUUAUACUACAGCUUUUUUUGGGCAACUCAAGCGUCAGCACAAACGAGACAUAAUGAUGAUAAUAAUUAAAGAGGCAAUUGCAAUGGCAAUCAAUCCUUUAUUAGACGGAAAAGCUUGAAGUACUUUAGAGAUGGUGCGCAGUCAGUUUAUAUCAAAUUUGUUGAUAAAAACUGUAGGAAAUGACAAAUCGAAUUUUACUGUGGCCAUUGCUUCUUUUUUUUAAUUCAAUUCCUAGAGCUUUACAGAUAAGCUCUUGGUGAAAUUGAAAGGCCUAGAACUAUUCGAUUUGAAUAACUACUAAGCUUGAAUGCUAUGUAUACGUCAUGUUUUAUAAUACAAGAAUUUGGAACUCUACAGUUUAUCAACGAAGACAUUUAUUACGUUAUGGUAAACAAAACAUUGGUUCUCGACAAAAUUACGACAAUCGAUAUACGUUUCAGCUAAUCCGAUACAAAGGAAUAAAGCGGUAUUCAGAAAUAAUUCUGAACAGAGGACGGCAUCCAUGGCCGAUUUUAAGUGAGUUUUCACUGUUGUCGCCGACGUCUUGUGCCUUUUUUUCUUUAUUUUCUUGUAACCAUAUGCACUCUGACUUAGAUAAAUAUUAUUUGAGUAUUUCAACAGAAAAUGUUUCAACAGGAAGCAAAUCACUGAUACCAAUUUAUAAAUCAAUAAUUUACUUUUGUAAAUAACUAAAUAAUUAUGCUAAGCAAAAUAUAAAUAAAGAAAAAAAUAUUUAAUGAAGUAAAAGAAAAACCAAUAGCUAGAAACAAAUAUAAUUAACAAAGAAAAUAUUUAAGAAUACCAGGUGCAUAACAUUAAAGAAAUAGAACUAAACUAAAACUGAAAAAAAUUUCCAUUCACACAAACAAUAAGAAAAACAUAUUUUUUAAAGAAAACUUAAAGAAAAAAAAAACGAAAAAAAAUGUUAACUGACAAUUAUUGAAACUGAAACUGAAAAAUUGAUGAGCUCCACAUUAAAAAAUGAAAAAAAAAGAUUUAAAAAAAAUACAUGGAACUGCCAGAAGUGUUCAAAAAAUGACUGUUGCGUUUUAAUGAUUAUAUAUACACUACAAAAAAAAAUGAAGAGGAAAUAAAAAUGAAUACAUCAAUGCAUAAAACGAUAUUGUUAAUUUUGAUUAAUUGACCCAAGAGAUAGCAAAUAAAAAUAAUAAACAAAAAAUUAUUGAAAAUCGAAGUGAUUUUAAAAUUUAAUUAAAAGUAAAAUUUAAAGAAAUGAAAACAGAAAAAACUUUGAUUAAAUACUACAAUUACUAAAAUAUCAAUUUACGAUUAUUAUAUACAACAUAAAACAUUAUAUUAUAUACAAUACAAUAUAUAUAAUUUAAAACAAGAAGAAAAA